AUGAAAACCACAUCUACGCUAUCACUGCUCUGCAUCGCCGCUUUGCUAUUCCAGAGUUUCGCAGCAGCAUGGCAACUUCCCUCCUUUCAGGUCCCUCGCAUACCCUUCUGGGCCGACAGCCCAGCACCCAACGUCCCGGACUUCGUCGUCCAGGCAAACCACCCGUGGUACGCCGCACACGCAGACGAGCUCUCCAAGCUCGACGACCCAACUUCAUUCCUCUGCUCGCUCGCCGAUGAAGCCGUCGGCGAUGAUCGCGCACCUCCUGACCACGAUCUAGUCAUCCCGCACGACUUCUUCCACCGACUCGUCAUCGAUACCUGCCGUCUCCGCAGCGGCGCCGAGAACUGGCAUGACGUGCGCAACCGCCUUCUCGAGAUGAAGGGGUGCCCCAGAGCUGUGGCCCAAGUCCGCGAGUUGGAAGUAGACGUGAAACACUCAAUCGACCCGGCGCUCCCACCCAGCGGACUGGCGUCAGUCUUUGCUGACGUCAUGGGUUCGAUGAAAGGCCUGCGGAAGUUAUAUUGGAACGUUCCCGGAUGGGAGGAGAACCAGGUCUUUAAAGAGGGGUUUGCCAGGACUGGCACGCACUUGGCUUCUCUGAAGGAGCUCAGCGCGAACCCGCCUGCGUUCUGGCUGGUGGACGCCGCACCGGGCUUGUACAUGAUCGAGGCUUCGAAUGGGGAGCCUAGGGUUAUAACGGAAGGGAACACCGGCUGGAUCGUUGACUGUGUUGUGCAAUGGAUGGAUACAGCGCUUUGUUUGGAGAAGGUGACGAGGCUUCAUUUGGGUAGGACGAAUUGGAACCGCACGAUGCAUGAACUCAUACCCAAAGUGUUUCCCAAUGUCGAGGAACUCUGGCUCGGCGAGGCCGGCUUCGAAGAAGAAGCUCCCGAGGGAGAGUUAAUGCGUAACAUGACCAUAGCCUUUGCGUCUCUCCCGAAACUCAAGAUACUUCACCUCCCAUGGUCCGGGCUUCUCAAUCUGGGCUUUCAUCCCCCCAACCCCUGGGAGCACACGUACGAUAUGGGAUACAGAGGCAGGCUUUCGCGUGACGACUUACUCGCAGACGCGGCGGCCUCGGAGUUGGCGGGACAGCUUGUCCGUGAGGAGAUGCCCUGGGUAAAAAGUGUUUACAUUGGCACCCACCUUGGAAACUUCACUGUGGAUGCUGACGGGAAAGAAGCCAUUACUUGGCCUUGGACGGGCAGGAUGGACGAGUGGUUGCGGGAGGAAGAUUGGCUUCUGGUUGCAAUGUAG